AUAGCCUUCUCCUUGGCCCCGCAGUGAUGUGCUGUCCCGGCGGGGAAAUGCAUCCUGAAUGGGGCUGAGCCCCCCUGCACGGGAAUAUGCAGCGUCGGCGCCGCGGGAGCAGCACUGGGGCAGCGGCCGGCGGCCGGCGGUAUGGUGGCAACCUUCAAGAUCGCCGUGCUGGGAGCCCAGGGCGUGGGCAAGAGUGCCAUAGUCCGGCAGUUCCUCUACAACGAGUUCAGCGAGGUCUGUGUGCCCACCACGGCCCGCCGCGUCUACCUGCCCGCCGUCGUCAUGAACGGCCACGUGCACGACCUGCAGAUCAUGGAUUUUCCGCCCAUCCCCGCCUUCCCCGUCAACACCCUGCAGGAGUGGGCAGACGUGUGUUGCAGGGGGCUCCGGAGCGUCCAUGCCUACAUCCUGGUCUAUGACAUCUGUUGCUUUGACAGCUUCGAGUACAUCAAAACCAUCCGCCAGCAGAUCCUGGAAACAAGGGUCAUCGGCACCUCGGAGACUCCCAUCAUCAUCGUGGGCAACAAGCGGGACCUGCAACGGGGCCGGGUGAUCCCGCGCUGGAACGUCUCCAACCUGGUGAAGAAGACGUGGAAGUGCGGCUACAUCGAGUGCUCGGCCAAGUACAACUGGCACAUCCUGCUGCUCUUCAGUGAGCUCCUGAAGAGCGUGGGCUGUGCCCGCUGCAAGCACGUCCACACCACCAUUCGCUUCCAGGGGGCCCUGCGCAGGAACCGAUGCACCAUCAUGUGAGCCCCCCGUGCCACUGUGCCCCCACGGGACACCCGUUUCCAUUGGGGUGACGCUGCACUGGGGACACCUCAGCUGUCUCUUCCCUACGAUGACUUCUGGGGACGCGGUGACCACUGUUGGGUUGGACCAGGGUGGAGAUGCCACAGUUGUCCAUUGAGUCCCAAUGGGCUCUGCUUCUCUGCACAACAGAGCUGCUUGCGGGCAGCCACGCUGUCCCACAGACCUCACGUCCCCACAUUAGGGUUUCUCACUGCAUCGCCCCCAUGGGCUCCUGCUGCUCUGUGCUCAUCCUGGGCAGUCCAGAUUGAUUCUCCUUCCCCAAAAGUGCUCUUUCCACUCCUACCAGCUUCCUUUCCUCCAAGCUCAUCCUCUCCCCAUAUGCCCCAGCCCCACAGAGGCUGUGUUGGACAUACCCUUGGUUUCAGGGGCAAAGCUGCUGCCACAAAUGCUGGGCACAGCUCAGCAUCUCAAAUACAGAUCCAGGCUGGAUUUGGCCCCAGCAGGGCCUCCCCCAGGGGAAGGUGGCAUCCAUCCAUCCAUCCAUCGAUCCAUCCAUCCAUCCAUCCAUCCAUCCAUCCAUCCAUCCACCCAUCCAUCCAUCCAUCCAAAUGGAGAUGGUUCCCAUGCAAAGGCAAUCUCUGAAGCAAUAGGGAACUGGAGGUGCAUUUCCAUCCUUUUUUUCCUUCAUUCUGUGCACACUCCUAAUGGGAAAGUGAGCCUCUUUUUUCUUUUAUUUAUUUAUUUAUUUAUUUAGAGUUAAUCUUUUGGCUUGCUCCCACUGUCCUGGAGGCUGGCACAGUGGUUGGUGGGGCACAAAUGGCACAGGGAUCUGUGGGUUGUCCCUCUGUGGAUUGGGGACACUAAAGCAGGAACCAACCAAAACCCACUAUCUCCUCCCACUGACAGCUUUUACUUCCCAGGAGCUUCACUGCUAUCCUGGUAACACUUUCUAUUAAGAGUCCUCCUCACUGAGCUCCAAUCCAUGGCAUUCAGUGCAGCCUUGCAUCUCUGCCAUCGGCCCCCGCUCUAUCCCUGCCAGUGGUCCCCAUGUCCCCACCACUGGUCCCCACUCCUAGCAGCCACUUUGGGAACCAAAACCCAUCCCCUUGCCUCCCAAAACAAAAUACAGAAAAACCAAAAUCAGGAAAGUUGGCAGGAGGGAGCCUGUGGCCAAGAGCUGGGGGAGAGGAUGAGUGUGGCCGAGGAAGGCAGCAGCUCCCAUCACCCCCACAGCAAACCCUCUGUGCAUCUCUUUGGGGUUUGUCAGUGCACACGACCUAUAUUUCGGCCUUUCACUGGCUUUACCCCUCCAAAUGGUUUGAGAAGGAAACUCCUUGGUAAAUGCCACUAAUAAAGCAUUUAUACAGUGCUCCGACACACACAUAUCAGUGACCAAGCCAAUACAUUGUUUGUUACAACCCUGUAGCCUGCAGUUUAUAGCACAAUUAGUUACAGGUUUUUAUAGCAUCUAUUUAGUAUUUUGAAGAAAAAAAAAAGUUAUAAAUAUAAUUGUUAUAUUAUAUUGUAUUUUAUAGACAGAAAAGCUGUAUCAGUAAUAAUGACUCUCACCGCUUUGGCAGCAUUACCCCGCUCCCCAAAAACAUGGGCAGGGGGCUGGCAGCCAACAGGGGCCAGGACAUCCCCAUCCACAGCAGUAAUGGAGCUCCAUUGUCCUCCCCAUAAGCAAACCCUUAGUAUGAAGUGUUACCACUCGUCAGCCAUCGCUGUGGGUUUCUUACCUGGAUCUAUGCCUACUGCAGAAGCAACCCGCUCCCAUCCUGGGGGCUGGGGGUGUCCCCAGCCGUCCCCAAGGGAAGCAGGAAGGAAAAUGCCAUUUUCUGCCCCAGUACAUGGUGACCAAGUGGUGACAUGGGGCUGGGUGCAGCGCUGAUGAGAAUGCUCCUCCUCUCCUCCCACUUCGGUGAGCAUCGUGGUGCCUGGACAUGGCAUUCUCUUCCCCAUGGACUUCUUAUUGGAGAUCCCCAGGUGUCCACACCACCCUGCGCCCCUUUAUUUGGAACCCAAUUAAAAUCAGGUCUGUCCCCUUUGUUC